AUGUUUGUAUUACAUGACUACCUGGGACUACUUAAGAUGACCCAAAAACUCGAAGGAUAUGCCAAUAGCUGCAUCAACCAGAUUUUAGAGUCCUUACCGACAGACUUCAAAGACACCAUGACCAACACGGGUAUGGAACAAGAGCCAGUGUGGAGCAAGACACUCUCAGCGCCAGAGAAAGAUGAAAGAAACAGCCUUCCAACCGAGAAACCAAAUUCAACAGCUGAUUGUGAGGCUGCCGUUCAUCAAGACACAGCCGACACUCAGAUACAACAAAGAGAUGAUGCAUAUCUUCAUGGCCUACCACUAGUUCUCAUGACUCUGUCGCUGAUGGUCGGCGUAUUAAUGAUCUCUUUGGACACCAGCAUUAUUGUGUUCUUCCUGACCUCACUCACCUCAGCCUGGUACGCUUCAGCUUACCUCCUCACCCAACUCUCUGCCCAGCCAGCGUUUGGCAAGAUAUACACCUUCUGGAACUUGAAAUGGGUAUAUCUAGCGUCAUCUAUAAUUUUUGAGGCAGGUUCCAUACUCUGCGCCGCUGCCCCGAGUUCACCGGUGUUCAUCGUCGGCAGGGCCAUAGCUGGACUUGGUGCUGCAGGCGUUUUCUGCGGCGCGAUGAUCAUUAUAUCGAGAAUCGUCGAGAUGAGAAAGCGGCCGUUACUUCUGGCAAUCGUGGCAACACUGGGCUCUUUGAUGGCUGCCAUCAUUAUAUUGUACUACCCAUUGUCUCUCGGCGAAGCUCCAGACAAAGAUAAGCCCAUCAAAGAAAAGAUUCUCGGCCUGGGACUCAAGAGUUCGGGUCUUCUUGCGGGGACUCUCGUUUGCCUGUUUCUGGCACUGCAGAAUGGUGGCUCUGUUUAUCCGUGGUCUGAUUCGCGCGUCUGGGGAUGCUUGCUAGGAUUUGGUCUACUUCUCAUUCUUUUUACGUACAUUCAAAUACGACAAGGUGAAGCAGCUCUGAUCAAGCCACGGAUUAUUUCUCAACGAUCAGUCUUUCUUGGAUGCAUGUUUGCUGCCCUUUACCAAGGCGCCAUGACGACGCAGACGUACCAUUUGCCCUUUUACUUCCAAGCAGUCAAGGGUGUGGACCCUCAGGUAUCAGGUAUAAAUAUUCUUCCGCAUGGAGUCACAACUACCGUCGCGACUCUAAUUGCCGGCUCCAUAAUCACAUGGUCGGGGUACUAUGUUCCUUUCAUGUGGAUAGGCGCGGCCAUCUUCACCACCGGUGCGGGAUUGCUAUACACUAUCGACCAGGGCACAUCCUUGGCUCAAUGGUUCGGCUUCGAAGUCCUUGCGGGUGCGGGAUUUGGUAUGGCCAUUCAAAUCCCCGUCUCCGCCGUUCAAGUGGUGCUGAGUACUGCAGACAUUCCUCUAGGAACAGUUUUGGUCAUUAUUUCGCAAGCACUUGGAGGAUCUGUGGGACUAUCUAUAUCUCAGAAUGUCUUCCAGAACUCACUUCGUCAAAAGCUGAAAGACAUCGGCGAGAUUGACGUUGAUGCCGUCAUUGCUACAGGUGGGAUCGACUUGGAGCAUAUUAUCCCAAACGAGAAGCUUUCCUAUGUUAGGAAUGCUUUCCGGUGUGGUGUGUCUAACGCUUUCAUUGUGUCGACGUCGCUCGCCGGUGUUGCAUUCUUGGCGAGUAUCGGAAUGGAAAGACGGAAGAUAAAGUCUAAGAAAGAUGGACGAAUUUGA